GGGUAGUUUUCUUUCCCCCUUCUUCUGCGCAGCGACGGACCCAAACCCCGCCAAACAAACAGCGAAUCCUCCUCGUUUGAUGUCAAGUGCAACAAGUACUCGUACUCGUUCUCCCGCUUCAACAAAGUACGAUACUUCCCGGGGCACACUUUUGAGUUCCCGAACGAACCAACCACGACAAAAUGAGCCGCAACAGCUCGCAAAACCAGGUGAUCCUCACCACUGCGGUCUCUCUGACACUGGUGGCCCUCGGAACCUUCUGGUAUCGGCGGCAAGGAACCGAUGAUAGCGCCGGGGCAAACCCUGAUCCCGAGAGAGAGGGCCGAAAGCAAGAACGGCAAGGGCAACAUCCCAGAGUAGUGAGAAGAACGCAACGCAACGCAGCAGCGAUCGAAUACGACGACAACGAAGAAAAAAACGAGGAACGUGGGCGGCCGGCGGACGGAAUCGAUGCCACCGCGAGCGGUGGUGCCGCAAAACCCCAGCGAGCAUCCUUCGACGCACCCGUGCUCGAGAUCCAAACCCGGCCCAUUGACACCAUCCCAGAGGACGAAAAAGAAGAGGGAAAAGGCAACUACCGCCGGGUACUGGCACCAAACACGAUCACGAUCGCUCACGGCUCCGUCACCGGGACGUGUUCGAAACUCGCAACGGAUUUGCUGGCCUGCCUGCGGGAGAAAAACCUGGACCACGAUCGGACGAUUCAGAUGGGGAGCCUCGAAGAAUGGGACUGGUGGGACGAGCUGCUGAACAGCGAGGAAGACGAGAACGCUGCCAAGAAAUCAAAAAAGAAAAACGCGGUGGAACCGAACCCACCGGUGCUCCUGGUGCUCUUGCCGACGCACCACGGGGGUUCGUGGCCUCACACCGCGACGUGUCUGGAAUCGGCCCUCCAGGACCUGAAAAACGACUGGAGGAUCGAAAAACGCCCCCUCAAGAACAAGCUACAGGUCGCCGUCAUGGGCAUGGGAUGUUCGGAUUACGGGGACGACACGAUGGGAAAACCCGCAAAAGAAGCCUUCAUUGGGUUCAGGACACUGGGAGCUAAGGUUUUUGGAAAACAGGUCCGGGUGGGAGACGAUGCCACGGGCAACCAGGACCGCGUGCUGCAAGCAUGGAUCUACCACGACAUUCUACCGAAACUGAUCGUGGACGAUGAAGAGGACGAAGCAGAAGACGAGCGCAACGAAGAACCAGAGGUUACCGACAUGGAAGACCUGGGCACGAUAAUGGAAUCGUCGGAGAACGACAACGAAGGAGAGGUCAAAUCCUCCGAGCCCAGAGAGAUGGUAACGAGCACGCAAGCAAAGUCCCUAAAGAAAGAAGGGUACAAACUGAUCGGUACGCACAGCGCCGUCAAGUUGUGCCGCUGGACGAAGCACCAAUUGAGAGGACGGGGUGGCUGCUACAAACACACUUUCUACGGCAUCACUUCGUAUCAAUGCAUGGAAGCAACCCCAAGUUUGGCGUGCGCCAACAAAUGCGUCUUUUGCUGGAGGCACCACAAAAACCCCGUCGGAAAGGAGUGGCGGUGGAAGACCGACGAUCCGAACUUUAUCGUGGACGAAGCCGUCAAGACGCACGUCAAAAUGAUCAAGGAGACGAGGGGAAUCCCCGGUGUGAAUGUCCAGCGGUGGCAAGAAGCCCACACCGUGAGGCAUUGCGCCCUUUCUCUCGUUGGCGAACCGGUUAUGUAUCCUCGAAUCAACGAACUGCUAGAAGAUUUGCACAACAGGGAAAUUAGCACCUUUUUGGUUACAAAUGGACAGCACCCAAAAGCCAUCGAAAGCUUGAUCCCCAUCACGCAACUCUACGUGAGCGUAGAUGCACCAACACCGGAGAGCUUGAUUGAAAUCGACAGACCUCUCUUCUCGGAUGCAUGGGAACGCCUCCAGGAGGCUCUCACUUUGUUGAAACACAAGGGACAGCGGACGGUCGCGCGACUAACCGUCGUGAAGGGAUGGAACUCGGACGAAGUAGAAGGAUACGCGAAAUUGAUUGCCCUCGGAAAGGUGUCACUCGUCGAGGUCAAGGGUGUUACCUUUUGUGGAAAAUCGGACGCAUCGAAUCUCAACAUGUCGAACACGCCAUGGCACCACGAAGUCGUAGAUCUAGUCAAGAACCUCAAGGUCGAACUCGAUAAGCUCCGGCUCGAGGGACAAGACGUGCCCGAGUACGAUUUGGCAUGCGAGCACAAGCAUUCGGUGAGUGUUUUGCUCGCGCGUGUGGAUCAGUUCGCCGAGACGGCUGCCGAUGGCAGACGCAUGUGGAAAACUUGGAUCAAUUAUCCCAAAUUUCACGAGCUGGCCAGAAAACACAAGGAGGACCCUACGUUCACCUACGCCGUAGAAGACUACACGGCCGAGACCCCCGCUUGGGCAUUGUUUGGUUCCGAAGAAGAAGGCUUCGAUCCCGUCGAGCUUCGACACAGACGAAAAAAGAAAUACCCAAAAUAUAGGCAAUUCGACGAAAGGGGAGUUCCAACCCACGACGACAAUAACGAGAAGCUAAGCGACGAGGAAUACCUUCGACUGAAUAGCAUGAUGGACGAAAAGAUCAAGCAGAUAGGUUGUGGAUCGACCGUUACGGCACUGAAGGGAGGAGAAAAAAUGAUUCAAGAUGCUAGCCUCAUGUUCCGCGGUCUAGUUAUUGUCAAGUAAUGUUUUCAGCCCAACUGUACUUGCUCAGCUAAAGGUACCAAGGACAGAAUAAGACUCUAUAGAAUUUAUAUUUGCAACUAGCAGAAUUAUGUCAAUAGCAACCCCUUUUUACACUCGGAUUUUAGUCCCGGCGAUCUCACAAGGAUCGUUGUGCCACAUUUCCAGUAGUUGUUCGAAGUACGCAGGAGAAGACACCUUCACAUUUGGAUUCGGUAAAAAUUCACGAAGGAUCCAGUUGGCAGAUUCUGAUGCUUGCUUUUGCAACAAUCCCCGCAGGUCUUUAUAUUGAUCUUCACAAAUGUUGAUUCUUUUGGAACGCAAUUCAUUUUCGUAGUCUCCCGAGACAUAUUGCUCUCMUGGUCUCACGUGAAUCAUGGGCUUCUCUAGAGGGUUUUCCAGGCCGAGAAAUUCUGUCAGAUCGCGCAAGAAAGUAGGCAUCAAGUCUUUGUUCUUCAGCUGGUUGAUAUCGUACAAAAACACCUUCCGCGAAUCUUCGAUCUUCGACAGGUGUUGCGAGAAAUUGGCUCUAUUGGUACACAAACCCUGAUUUAAUUUUCGACAUUUACCAACAAGUUUUUGCGGAGGGAGCAUCGGAAAUCUGUUUUGGAUACGGAAAUUAUAGAAC